UUGAUCUCUAGGCUUCUCACCGGCUCUUGGCGUCUUCCUUGGGUCUGGUUCAGCCAUGAAGAUUGAUUUUGCUCCACCCGAUGUGCCUCUGGUUAGGAGGCUCCAGACUGCUGCCGUGCUAGUCUGGGUCUUCUCUUUCCUGGCCCUCGCACCCCUCUGCAUAGUUUUGUUCUUGUUCUUGCUCUUCACCCGGUUUUGGCUCAUCAGUGUGCUCUACGCCACCUGGUGGUUCAUCGAUUGGGACACGCCCUCAAGAGGCGGUAGAAAGGUCCCGUUUCUCUGCAAAAUGCGCGUGUGGGAGUACAUGAGAGAUUAUUUCCCCAUAAAGCUGGUGAAGACAGCUGAUCUGGACCCCAGGCAGAACUAUGUUCUGGGUUUCCAUCCUCAUGGUAUUCUUGUGGCUGGUGCUUUUACAAACUUCUGCACGGAGGCCACGGGAUUCAGCCAACUCUUCCCUGGGAUCAAGAGCAACCUUCUGAUGCUGCCUCUUUGGUUCAGAUCCCCCUUUUUCAGGGACUACAUUAUGAGUGCAGGUCUUGUUCCAUCCGACAAGGAGAGUGCCAGCUAUCUUCUCCAACAUAAGGAGGGUGGGAACGCUGUAGUCAUUGCAGUUGGCGGUGCCCCUGAGGCUUUGGAUGCCCGUCCUGGUGACUACACUGUUCACCUCGCCAACAAAAAGGGCUUCAUUAAAUUUGCAAUGGAACAUGGCGCCCAUUUGGUCCCUACAUAUUCUUUUGGAGAGAAUGAAGUCUUCGAUCAGGUCGAGAACACUCGCGGAACCUGGUUGCGAUACAUUCAAGAACGUCUGCAAAGCAUCAUGGGUAUUUCACUGCCCCUCUUCCAUGCACGUGGAGUUUUUCAAUACAGCUUUGGCCUGAUGCCCUACAGAAAGCCCAUCAACACUGUUGUGGGUCGGCCCAUCAAGGUAGAGAAAAAGGAGAAACCCACAGCAGAAGAUCUGGACAAUCUUCACCAGAUCUACACGGAUGAACUCGCACAACUGUUUGAGGAACACAAACAAAAUUAUGGAGUACCUGAAGACUCUCACCUGAUGUUUCAAUGAGCUGACAGCAUCACUGCAGUGCGUUUGUGUUUGUGUGUGUGCGGGCGUGUUUGUGUAACCCCUUAUGAAAAUGGACUAUACGGUGUAGCAAGUAAACAUAGUUUAACAAGAUUGCAAUAAAACUAUUGUAAUGGUAAUCGAUCUGCCUAAAAAAUUAUUACUUAACCUAUACUAUAUUAUAACCAUGUCUAAUGUUUCUUAGGGAGAGGGAAUA